AUGGCGCCCAUUUCAUCCAUUACAGAGCCUAUAAUACGCGCUGUCCGCAACCUCACGCACGCAUUUAUCCCCCUUUCCAUACCAUCGAAACUCGCCACACGCCUCGACUCGUUAGAACGCUUAACAUCCUCCUCUGGCUCCUCCCUAGAUCAUCCAAUGCAAAAAAGGCAAAAUGGAAUGGUCUCCAUACCCGCAACAUAUGCAUUCCUCGACACAUCACCCACCCCCGGCACUGUUGUCGGCAUCGUCCUCGGCACCGUUGCCGGUAUAAUUAUUGCGCUUUUAGUCGUUUAUCAGAUACUUGGCUUUGGCGACAGCGACGAAAGCGUGGUAGUAGUUGAGGAGAGAAGGAAUAUUGGUGUGGCUCGCACGGGCUCUCGCCGCAGUGCCAUUGCUCGACCGGUGUCGAAUCGUUCUGGAGGGCGCCGUGUCGUGGAGGAGAUGGUUGAAGUGCAAUCACGGCCAGCCUCACGCAGAAGACACGAGCCAGUGGAAGAUGAAGACGAGGAUGUAGUAGUGGUUGAGGAAGAGGAAACUACCGGCACACAUUACUCAGAUGAAUUCGUCGAGGUUGAGGAGGGGGAGAGUAGUGUCGCGACUAGUCCGCCGCGGCGUAGGAGAAGAAGUGGAAGUUAUAGGAGAGUCGACCCAUUAGCGUAUGGAGAUGGCGAUGAAUCUUAUAGACGGGCUCGGUGA